AUGGAGUUCGACGAUGAGAUGGGCUAUGCUGUAGCAGGACCUGGUUCCUCACGCUCAAACAGCCGACCGCCCCGCGCACGCUGUCAAGCACCCCAGGAAUCCGUCAAGCAGUUCUGGGAACAAUUCAACACCAAGUACCCUGGCAAAGUAUACACGGUGCUACCGGACAAUCCGUAUGCACGGACGCGGGCCAAGCACGUCCCCAGCGGCCGUAUCCAGGGCCACGAGGCCGUCAAAUCGUACGAACAGGCGUACCAGGAAUGUGAAAAAUCCGUCGACCGUAUUGUCAAGGAAUGCGAGCGUGUGAAUCAGAAAUACUCGGACCCGCACUUUGAUAUCGAGCUAGACCUGAAGUCUGGCCGGAGACACUAUCUCGAUGGAUUGGAUAAGGAGAAUGUGGAGUUCAGACCGCAGGGAGUGAAGAGAGUGACUGAAAUCUUUGAAAAUCCGCAGUUUUUUGUUAACGGGCCUACGGCGUCAGAUGUGCGACAGGGAUAUGACGGAGAUUGCUGGCUCAUGGCUGCGCUUUGCACUAUGGGGAACAAGGAGGAGCUGAUCAAGAAGAUUUGCGUUGCUCGCAAUGAAGAGGUUGGGAUUUAUGGAUUUGUUUUCCAUCGAGACGGCGAGUGGCAGCAGUGCAUUGUAGAUGACAAGCUUUAUCUCCGCGCUGCUGACUACGAUGAGUCUGUUAUCGAGCGACCCAUCUGGGACGAUAUCAACCGGACUGAUGCGGAGGAAGAGUACCGGCGAGUCUACCAGACAGGCUCGCGGGCCCUAUACUUCGCGCAGUGCGUCGACGACAACGAGACUUGGCUACCUCUUCUAGAGAAAGCAUUUGCAAAGGCCCAUGGAGACUACUCCGCGAUCGAAGGUGGAUUCGUUGGUGAAGCUAUCGAGGAUCUCACUGGAGGCGUCACGUCUGAGGUGUUAUCCAGCAAUAUUCUCAACAAGGACCGUUUUUGGACCGAGGAAAUUAUGAAGGUCAACAAGGAAUUCCUGUUUGGUUGCGGGACAGGCCUCUUUUCAAACUGGUUAGAUCCCAAGUACCAAGGUCCACCAAGGGAUCGAAAGGGUAUCGCGGAGGGUCACUCCUAUUCCAUCAUGGAUGCCCGGGAGGUUGAAGGGCAUCGACUACUGCGGCUGAGGAACCCAUGGGGUCGCAAAGAAUGGUACGGUGCCUGGGGUGAUGGGUCCAAAGAAUGGACGGCCGAGUGGAUGGAAAAGCUUGGCCAUAAAUUUGGCAACGAUGGUCUCUUCUGGAUCUCUUAUAAAGACCUGCUCAAGAAAUACCAGCACUUCGACCGGACUCGACUUUUUGGGCCUGAAUGGACCAUUACCCAGCAAUGGACUACCUUGAAUGUCCCCUGGUCCGCUGAUUAUCACACCACUAAAUUUAUGAUGGAAGUAAACACCAGCGGUCCGGUAGUCAUUGUGCUAUCCCAGCUUGAUGCGCGUUAUUUCAAAGGACUAGCCGGCGAGUACAGCUUCGUGCUCAAGUUCCGCUUGCAGAAAGCCGGAGAGCAAGAUUACCUCGUGCGCAGCCAUAGCAGCCAUUUCAUGGGCCGAUCUGUUAACGCCGAGAUCAACCUUGACCCGGGUCGCUAUCACGUCCUGAUGAAAAUCACAGCCUUCCGCCACGAAGACGUAGACUCCACCGAGGAGAUUGUCCGCCAGGUUGCCUCGACGAGAAGAGAGAAACUAGUGCAGGUGGGUCUUUCAUACGACCUGGCGCAUGCGAAGGGACUGGUGGGCGAGACAGAUCAAGAAAAGCGGGAUGAGGAGCUUUUCAAGGCAGCCGAGCGGAGAAAGCUUCGCGAUGAGAUCAAGAAAAGGAUGCAGAAGGACUGGAUCCGCCGCCAGAAGUCAGAAGCCCGACACCAGCGCAUGGAAGCACGGCGCGGGAUCAGCACCCCGAGCGGCAGCUCCUAUGAUCCAAACCUCGAAGGCGAUUUUGCCACCAGCCAAAUCCUGGCAGAUAAACCAGUUGAGGAUUCUCCUGUCGACGCUGGAAGCAUCUCAAGCGAGAGGAGUGAGCGCCGUGUCAACGGUUCUGUCCCGACCAUCCACGUCAACGGUGGCCAUGGCCACGGCCUGCACGCGAGACACGCGAGCGGUGCGUGGAGACGUAGAGCCGAUUCUUCCCGUCCCAGUUUAGAUACUCGUGUUGCUACAGAGGCUCUAGACCAGGGUGACCUUGAGUUACUAGAAGGAUUCGAAUUUGACAGCGAUAUCGAUAUGCCUCCUGACGAGACAGAUGUGAAGAAUCAGCCUCCAUCGAUGGGCUUUGAUGAGUGUCGUCAUGAUCCGUGGAAUGCUGUCUGUGUGGUUGGCCUCCGUGUUUACUCCAAAGAUCCGCAGUUGGUCUUGCAGGUUGUGCGUCCUGUGCCAGAGGAUGAUACCGAAGCUCCUCUGGACCGAGACGACCCUGCGGCGUCGGCGACUACAUCUAAGUGA